AUGGGCAUCAACUCACCCAAUCCCACCACCGACCCGAACCCGGCCUCCUCCGCCUCUCUCUCCCUCAACAUUCGCCUGCUCUUCUCCACCGAGAACCCCAACAAGGUCGGAAUCAAGUACGGCAAGUCCAGGUUCACUGUCAUGUACCGCGGCAUCCCUUUGGGCAAGGCCUCCGUCCCCGGCUUCUUCCAGCAGGCCCACAGCGUCAGGCAGGUCGUCGCCACCAUCGCCGUCGAUCGCGCCAAUCUCAUUCAGGCCGACGCCGCCUAUUUAAUCUGCGAUGCCUCCCUCAACGACCGGGUCGAGCUCCGGGUCUUGGGUGACGUCGGCGCCAAGAUCCGCGUUUCUCUGUAG